AUGGCAUCGAGUGGUCACAUACUUCAGCAACAGAAGCCUGGGGUAGAGGCCCGAAUCAGAGCGCUCGUCAAUGAUGAUCUGAAGACGAUAUGUAGGGCAUAUGGGUAUCAGGUCUCCGGAGCCAAAGCCCUCCUCGUCAACCGAUGCGUAGAAGCUCUCAACACUGCUGUUGAAAACGGCGACGUGAAGGCAUUCGAAGACCUCAGGUAUCGAAGUCAGAACCGGGGGAAGGAGCCACCGCGGGGCGUGAUAGACGGCGCUGUGGCCCAGAGGUGGCCACCAACAGGAGGCUUUCAACCUUACAACAUGGCACCUCAGCGAAACGGACCUGGCGUGUCCCAGGGCAGACCGUCUGGGAAGGGGACUUUCAAGACGAGCCCGUUCUAUGAGAUACUAGAAACUUUGGUGCCGAUGCACGAUCUACCUGAAGGUCCAGAGAUGCCUCAAAACCGCCACACCGUCAAAUCAUCUCUCACACUUCGAGCCGACCUUGCUCAACAAUGCCGAAGCGAUCCGAACCUCAAGAUCAUGAUGUACUGUGGUCUCACCAAGACGAUGUCCCCUCACAGCCCUGCGGAUGUGGCCUUUCCCAAUCAAAUUGAAGUCAAGGUCAACGAGCAGGAAGUGAAGGCAAACUUCAAAGGCCUGAAAAACAAGACGGGCUCAACCAAACCUGCUGACCUCACUUUCUUGGUCCGCAAGUACAACGGCCAGCCAAACGGGGUGUCCGUCACUUACGCGCUCACCACUAACCGCUUCGCUUUCGCCAUCUUCCUGGUACGGUAUCACACCAAAGACGAGCUCGCGGCACGGAUCAACAAGCAUAACAUCAUCCGCAAACAGACCGUUCUGAGUGCGAUGAGCAAAGCGAAUUCCGAUGAUGACAUCGCGGCAACGUCCAUCCGGAUGUCGCUCAAAGACCCCGUUUCGACCUUACGGAUCAGCAGCCCAGUGCGGUCGUCGUACUGCUCGCACAACCAGUGUUUCGACGGUGGAAUGUUCAUGAGCCUCAUGGAACAAGCACCUUACUGGCACUGCCCUGUGUGUAGCAAGGCGAUCACAUACGACUCACUGUGCGUGGACGAGUACUUUCAAGAGAUCUUGAAGGCUGCCCCUGCCUCGAUCGAGAAGGUAGACAUCGAGCCGAACGGAGAGUGGAAGGUGAUCAAAGAGGAAGAAGACAGCCAAACUGGUGGUCCAGCCAACAAGCCGCGAGCAUCAUACGAUGAUGACUUUGACGAUGACUUUGACGAUGAUAUUGUUGAGUUGGAUCAACCGGUCUCGAAGCCAGUGAACGGCGUCAAGAGGGAGUCGCAAUCCCAGGCGAGCUUAGGUGGUCGGCCUACUGCUCUCGACACUCCGCCUUUGUCAUCACGCGAACCAUCCGUUGCGCAGUCUGCAACAUCCGCACAGCGGGGCAGCAAACGUCCGCAGAGCGCGGUUAUCGACCUCACGCUCUCCGAUGACGAUGAUGACCAGCCUGUGCGAUCUGCGAGGAGAACAAACACCAUCAACGUGCCGCGUCGAGGUGGGAACACCAACAACACCGCCACCACCGCCUCUCCAUACGACACACCCACCUCUCUACCCGACCCUCGGCUGCAACCUCCACAGCAGAACCACAACGCCCACCAAACCAAUCAACAGGUAGAUAGCUAUCGCCCGCCGCAGAACCCUUCCUACCCGCAGAACCAAGCUUACGGGUUCAGCGCUCAUAACAGCAUGUCGCCACCCAACAUCAACUCGCCGGUGGCUUUCGGGCAGACGAGCAUACCUAGCCAGCAUUCUCGCCCCUUCCCGAGCCCGGCCCCUCCUCAAUCAUACUCCGGCUACACCAACGGGGCCUUCGCGCCUAAUUCACCGUACCGUCCGCCGUCUCAGCAACCCAAUUACCAGUAUGGCUACCACCAACAACCAAACCGAUCCACGUCAUCACCGGCUCCAGCAGGCAACAGCGGACUCCGUCUCCCACCCAUGCAGCCCCCGCCGCCGUAUCAACAGCAGCAGCAGCAUCCGUACGCGUCGCCGUCGGCGUAUCAGGGUGGUGGGUGGAGGAGCGAUGGGUCCGAGUUCGGAGGGUACAUGAACUCAGGCAGUCCUGGUGGGUGA